AAAUAUUGCCUCUCUUUGUAUUGUCGUAAUUUGUAUUGUUAUGCCUUUUGUGAAGUUAAAAAUUAUUGAUGAAUGAUCUACCUUCUAAUAAUCUAAAAAAUGAGGGGAUGAAUAUAAAACCAUCUGCAAGAAAAAGUAUUCACAGUAACUGUAAUACAUGUAAUAUUCAUUGUCAUAAAAACAUGGGAGUGUAUGGCUUGAAAGUACACAAGAAGCGAGAGGAAAAGUCUGAAGAUACAUUACAAGAACAAGGAGUAGACGAAAUAGACAAUGUCAUGAGUAAGAUGGCUCGACAAGCUAGUCCUAUUCCUAUGAGAAGAAACAACGAUGAAAAAUACAGAAGAAACUCAUUCGGCAUUGAUAAUGAUGAUUCUAGUGAUGAAUCAGAUAAUGAAAAUAUAUUAUCCAAAUCUUCUCCUGCAACAUUUUCAUAUUCCAGUGAAGAUUUAUACACCAGUGCAUUGCAAAAUGAGCUUCAAAGAAGUAGAAAUGAAUCAAGCCAUUCCAUCAAUAAUAUGUCACCAUUUCGAAUACAGAAUAUCAGUGCUGAGAUACAGCACAUAAAAUAUCGUACUUCCUUAGGACAAGAUGUAAAAACUAAUUCACUAAGAGAAUCAAGCAAUCAAUUUGUUAUAGCAAUGAUCAUUUUACUUCUUGCUGUUAUAAUGUUUCUCUACAACCAAUAUGUUGUUGAUCAGGCCAUAACAAACAAUGUAUAUGAUAAGUUUACAUUUGAUAGGGAUGUGACAGAUUUGAAAGAAAAGUAUAACAUAAAAGAGAACUCUAUCUUGCAAGUAAAAACAGGUGUGGCAGCAAUUUUCGAUAACCAAGAUACAGCAUCUUUUAUAUUUGUGUACAACAGUGACAGUGUCAACUUCAAUCCAAUGAGAUUUAACAAUUUCGUAGAAGACAUUGCUACCACUACUUCUAGAUAUUUACGUAAUGAAAGUAAGGAAGUCCAUGUGACUGUGGAUACAUCCAACCUAAUGGAGCAAAGUACAAAAGAUUUUAUGAACCAAUAUCAAGAUAAAGUAAUUAGAACUGGUGUGAUGCUUGUUAAAGAUGUUGACACUGUCCCAUCCCAGCUUGCUAUGGCCUUUCACUAUUAUUGUGAUGAAUACAACCCUUUGGUCAAAAGAAGUGCUAUAUUCUUCACAUUGAAUUUAGCCAACUGUUCUAUUAUCUCUGAUAAAAAAUCAAGUCAUUAUUAUGUUGAAAAAUGUCUAGCAAACAAAUGGAAUACUGUAGGUGAAGAAAAGAUUGGACCUUUGUUGACCAGAGUGGUCAAUAUUGUUGUAGAUGUAACCCAAACAUUUUAAUCCUUUAAUUCUAAUUGAGCAUGAAUUAUUUUGUCAUGUUCAAAAAUUAUGUUAUUUGAUCCAAUAAGUAUUGUUUUCUCGUUCAUGAGGCAUCUUCCAUGUACAUAUUGUUCAUUUCUACAUAGUCUUUACAUAGACUCAGUUACUUUAACAAACCAGGUACUUUGUGAAUGCUCACUAAUAAAAAUAUUUAAUUUAACAUGCAUUGUUUUAAACAUUGUCAUUUGUAACAGAAAUAUUUUAGAUUUGUGCAAAAUCAUCUAAUUAAGAUUUUUUAAUAGCUAGUACUUGUGUUAUUGUUUAAGGAAAGCUUUAUUUCAUAAUAUAUGCUAUUUACUAUUGUGAUAACAAAAAAAUAAUACUUUUUUUGUGAUUAAAAUAAAUAAUUUAUUUUAAUUGUAUGCAUGUUGAAUUAUAAAAUAUUUUAAAUAAACAUUUUAUUUUGAUUUCUAUAUACCUUAUAUGAAUUGAAUAUUCUAAAUAAACAUCAAUCAAUAAUGUAAACAAUAUAUCUAAAAGCACAUCUAUAUUAAAUAUAUAUUGUUAACAAGUACCACAUAGCCGCCCAGCUGUAUAGCCGCCAUAUAUAAUUUUACUCCCAAUGAUAUUUAUCUCUGUGAUUUAUUAUGUCACCUAUACCUUAUUAUGUCAAUAAUUCAUUAUUAAUAAUUUCGUUAAUCAUCAUAUUAUUAAAUUACGUUGUAAACCAUAGUUUAUUAGUUCAUAAACUGACUUCCGAUUAUUUUUGUAUAAAGUGGGACACGCCAUAUGCUCCUCUGGCGUGUCCUACCCACUGCAUUCGUGUUAAGAAUUCCUGGCACCACGUUACGCUGUCUAUUAUAAAUUAAGUGUAAUAAUUUGACUGUUUUUCAUUUCAUAAAGCCCACAAGUGUUAACAUCUCAGAAGUGGGAUCGUGUUAAAAAUGUCGGGACCAUAUGUAAACGGCUUGGGGCAACGUAAACGGAAAAAUAGCGAUUCAAGUUCGUCUGAAGAUGAAAAUAGAGCCUUUUUUUUCUCUAACGACACGCGUAGGGAAAACGUGCGCAAAAAAACGGCACGUUGCACCCAGUGAUGCUGAAGUAAUUCCGAAGUUCAGACCAGAAGAUACCAACAUUAACAUUAUCGGGUGGCUUCACAAAAUAGACCAGCUAGGCGACAUCUACGGAUGGGAUCAAACCGACCGAAUGUUUAUUAUGCAAUUACGGCUGCGAGGCUCUGCACGAGAAUGGUACGACGACCUUGAAAAUUAUAACCUCUCUUGGGGUGAAUGGAAGGAGAUGCUGAUGGUUGCAUUUCCACGAUCAACAGACUACGUGGAGAAGUUGGAACGCAUAUUGGCUAGAAAGAAAGAAGACAAAAAAACUAUGAAGAAGUAUUAUCACGAAAAACUAUCGUUACUAAAGAAAUGCAGUAUCAUCGGUGGGGAUGCAAUCUCGUGUAUAAUACGGGGUUUUCCUCACGAAUUAAGGGCUAACGCCAAAGCAUAUAGCUGCGAUACUCCUGAACAACUAUACUUUCGACGUCGAUUCAUCAGCUAAAGCCGAAGCUUCGUGUGUCGUUGGGCGGAUCAUGAGGCUCGAGACUGCAGGCAGCAGCAGCGUUGCGAGAACUGUUGGCGCCGUGAACAUACAACGGCAGAACUGGUUUGGCGCCGGGAGCGCUGGGGCUUCGCGACAGCAACCACAAAAGGUUAGUCGAAUAAUGCACAUUACCCACAAUAUUUAUGCUGAUAUUUAUAAAAGAAUAGUAAUAGUAAAUGGGCACCAGCUUAGAGCAUUUACACAGGUAGUAAAAUGAAUAUUCUCUGUAUAUCGCAAGCCGAAAGAUUGGAAAUUAUAAUCAAGCCUAGUACUACUGUUAUGCAAGGUUUUGGAGGAGUAUGUGAAUAUUCACUCGGUUCAAGUUACUUAAGUGUGUUAAUAGAUUAUACAAUAUUGUACGGGAUAGUUGAACUAGCUAAUUAUAUAACAACGGAUAUUGAUUUAUUAAUUGGUCAAACUAUGAUUAAUAGCAAUAAUGUCAGUCUAGUAACUUCAGCUUCUUCUAUACGUUUUGUUCAAAGUCAACCACAAGACUUAUUUGCAGAUAUGAAAUUUGACUCAACUGAUUUUCUUGUAAAGUUUCUAGUUUAUUUAAAGUACAAUGUUAAAAUUCCUAAGCAAAGUCAGUAUCAAUAUGUAGAAUCAGUCACUAUAUGUAGAAGUACAUGUCAACCGUAACAAAAGUAACGAAAAGGAGCACACAUUUUGUAACGAAUACGGUUUGGGUACAGUUAGGAAACAUUACAUACUUGAUACACUCAGCUAUUAUUAAAUCAUGUCAUUCUCAUUUAAAAAAUUGUCAAUUCAGGCGAUACUGAUAUAGUAUGGGAGGCACAUAAGCUUGUAGCUAGGGCUGAGAUAGCAACAAUACCAAAGUGCACGCGCUUAGUAGAAACCCGGUAGCUAACACAAUACUCGAUCGAUAAUUCUGAUUGGUUAAAAAUUCUUCAGCUACGGGAUGAUAAUAUUCAAAACAUUAUUUCUAGACUUCGUGACAAUCCUGAUUCUAACUUAUUUGCAAACUACACUAUUAAAGAAAACAUACUUUUUCGGAAAACAGUUGCUGGUGAGCGUUUUGUUAUUCCAUAAUUAGCAAAAUACGGUCUACUACAAAAACUUCACGAUCAAAUAGGUCAUCCCGGGUUCGAAAAAUGUGAACGACCUAUUAAAGCUCGGUUCUGGUUUGAAGGAAUGGCGAGAUUCAUUAGAAAAUAUAUAAACAGUGUGAUCAAGUCUUUAUUUAUAGAGACUGCUGUGUGAUCAAGUCUAUUUGUGAUAACCACUGUGUGAUUGAGCUUUACAUUUAUCCAUAUUUUAGAGCCUACAUUUAAAAAAAAAACCAAGUUACUGCUUUACAAUUGUUUUCAGGACUACGGGCUGGCCGGUGGAGAACAGAAGACGGGCCGCGGGCCUAUACAGGAUGUCCGAAUGUUAACAAGUACCACAUAGGCACCCAGCUGUGUGGGAUAUAAUAACUACUCCCAAUGAUAUUUAUCUCUGUGAUUUAUUUACCUUAUGAUAUGAUUUAUAUACCUUAUUAUGUCUAUAAUACAUUAUUAAUAAUUUCGUUAAUCAUCAUAUUAUUAAAUUACGUUGUAAACCAUAAUUUAUUAGUUCAUUAACUGACUUCCGAUUAUUUUUGUAUAAAGUGGGUAGGACACGCCAUAGGAGCCCAUUCGUGUUAAGAAUUCCUGGCACCACGUUACACUGUCUAUUAUAAAUUAAUUGUAAUAAU